CCGGAGUAUGAUACGUUACCAGAUCAACAGAAAAGAAUUAAAAAUUAGAGUUAAAUCCUAACACCAAUCAGGUUUUCGAGUGGCUCAUUCUUGUGAAACUACAUUGUUGAAUAGUUUUAACAAGUGGAUGGGGGAUAUUGACAGUGUUUUAUAGGAAUGCAUAUUGCACUCUUUCGAAUGAACAAGAAUGUGGUUACUCCUGAUUGGAAUUGUUGCAGUUUUAUACUGCUUACAGCGAUUUUUGAAUUUUAAAUGGCAAGAAUAUAAAAUGCGUGGACUGAAACGUCCAGAAGACGAAUCGUUUAUUUUUGGUCACUCGAGUUAUUUUCGUCAACCUCCAGCGAUUUUAUACAAGAACAUUAAAAAACUAACAGAAGAUUUUUAUCCACAUUUCUUGGUUAGAAUAAUCAAUGUAAACGCCGUUUUUGUUCUGGCACCAGAGGAUUGUGAGAUUUUUUUAUCUACUCCCAAACAUACAACCAAAAGUUUAUUGUAUCUUAUUUUCGGAAGAUGGCUUCAAGAUGGUCUAUUGUUGAGUGAAGGUGAAAAAUGGCAACAACGUAGAAAAUUAUUAACUCCAGCCUUUCACUUCAACAUUCUCAGAGAAUUCAUUUGUGUUUUCAAUGAAAAAUCAGAUGAAUUAUCGAAAAAACUGAGUGAAACCGCUGGGAAAGAGAUUGAUGUGAUGCCCCUUUUCCACGAAUGUUCGCUUCAAAUGAUUAUUGAGACUGCAAUGGGUUACAAAACAAAAACGAACGACAAUGCAAUGAAAAAAUAUUUGAAAGCUGUUGAAGGAUUAGAAAAAGUGAUUAAUCUAUUUAUUGUAAGACCUUGGUUGAGAUACUUUGGCGUAUUCUAUCAGUUCACUUCAUACGGCAAGGAAGAGGGAAGACAUCUGAACGUCUUGCAUAAUUUCACAAAAACAAUUAUCAAGGAAAAAAUGGAAAUAUCUGAAGAUCAUUCGUCCGAAAGUUCAGGAAUAGAAAAAGAUGACAUAUACUUUGGAAAAAAAAGGAGAAGAAUGGCAAUGCUGGACAUUCUUCUAGAGGCUCAUAGAAAUGGAAAUCAAAUUGAUUUUAAUGGUAUUUGUGAGGAAGUCGAUACGUUUACAUUCGAGGGUCAUGAUACCAUCUCCACAGCAUUGAGUUUCUGUGCUAUGAAUAUUGCAAAUCAUCCUGAAUUACAGAAUCAAAUCGUAGAAGAAAUAAAUUCAGUUCUUGAGGGCGAAGACCGUCACCCGACAUACGAAGAUCUUCAAAAGAUGGACCUUCUAGAGAGAUGCAUCAAGGAAUCUCUCAGACUAUAUCCAAGUGUCCAUUUAAUCUCAAGAAAGGCAGACGAAGAUACCACACUUCAUUCCGGAUGUGUCGUUGCUAAAGGUGCGAUGGUCGUCAUUUCGAUUCAAUUCGUUCACAGAAAUCCGGAGAUUUAUCCGGAUCCUGAAAAAUUUGAUCCUGAUAGGUUUUUGCCUGAAAAUUGCCUUCGAAGACAUCCAUUUGCCUAUCUUCCCUUCAGCGCUGGACCAAGAAAUUGUAUAGGUCAACGAUUUGCCAUGAUGGAAUUGAAAGCUGUACUCUCUGGUAUUAUAAGAAGGUUUCAGCUAGUUGCUGUAAGUACGCCAGACGAUUUAGAAAUUAAAUUGGAAACUAUUUUAAGAACCAAUGGUAUAAAAAUGAAAUUCAUUCCAAGAGUAUGACUUUAUCAUAGAAAUCUAUUGUAAAAUACUAAUGUCGUUCUUCUUUAGCAAAAAAAUAUAAAUACAAAGC